GAUCCUGGGCACUCCUUGGCUUCGAGAACAGGACUUGUUAGCUUGUCUGGGCCACUAGCAAAUCAUUCCUUCCAGGGUUAGACUCUCAGGCUGAGAAAUUGGUUCCGAACCCAGCUGAACCCCGGGCCAGGCGAGUCACGUGGCUGGCUGUUUACAUGACGUGCGGGCUGCUGGGCGUCACUGUGACGUUCCGGCGACCUGCGAAGUGGUCGGGCUACCUCCGUCACCUGUGCGGUCGCGGUGCGGUCAUGGACCUGGGACCGAUGCGCAAGAGUUAUCGUGGGGACCAAGAGGCAUUUGAGGAGGCUCAUCUGACCUCCCUGGACCCCAUCAAGCAGUUUGCUUCCUGGUUUGAGGAGGCUGUUCAAUGUCCUGACAUUUGGGAAGCCAAUGCCAUGUGUCUGGCUACUAGCACCAGAGAUGGAAAACCCUCUGCCCGCAUGUUGCUGCUGAAGGGCUUUGGCAAGGAUGGCUUCCGCUUCUUCACUAACUACGAGAGUCGGAAGGGAAAAGAGCUGGACUCUAAUCCGUUUGCUUCUCUUGUCUUCUACUGGGAACCUCUUCACAGACAGGUGCGUGUGGAAGGCCCUGUGAAGAAGUUGCCUGAGGAGGAAGCCCAGUCCUACUUCCACUCCCGCCCCAAGAGCAGCCAGAUUGGGGCAGUGGUCAGUCACCAGAGUUCUGUGAUCCCUGAUCGUGAGUACCUGAGAAAGAAAAAUGAGGAACUGGAGCAGCUCUACAGGGAACGAGAGGUGCCUAAGCCAGAAAACUGGGGUGGCUACAUCCUGUACCCCCAGGUGAUGGAGUUCUGGCAAGGCCAAACCAACCGCCUGCAUGACCGCAUUGUCUUCCGGCGAAGCCUACCAACAGGAGACUCCCCUUUGGGGCCCAUGACCCACCAUGGAGAGGAAGACUGGCUCUAUGAAAGACUUUCACCUUGACUCUGGACUUAGGAAAUUAGAGAAUCAUCAGCUGAAAUACAGUUGGGGAGAAGUGCUAAGAGAGAGUGAAGGAUUGGGAGCCAGGCCUACCUUUCUGCAUAUUUGUGUGUGUGUGUGUGUGUUGUGUGAUUUAGGAUUAACCUGGGCCUUGCUCAUCCUGUAAGCACUCUACCACCAAGCUAUAUUCCCAGCCUCUUUUUACUUUUUAUUUUGAGACUAAGUUGCCCAGGCUGGCCUUGAACUCACUGUGUAACCCAGGCAGGUCUUGAUCUUGAGAUCCUCCUGCCUCAGCCUUCUGAGUAGCAGGGAUUACAGGCCUGUGUUACCAGGCCCAACUCAAAUACUUUUAAACCAAGCCCAUUUCCCUUCUUACCCCUGACAUCUAGGCCUCUCCAGGGCCCACUCUCUGAGUUCUCUGUAUUCAGUUGGGUCUCAAUUAGCAGUGUGACAGUGUCAUAGAGAAUCACAAAUUAGAAAGAAUCCCACAAUUCUCAACCUUGCCUUUGAGUUUUGGAAUAGCCCUGUCUUGGGGAUAGCAGCUGGCAGCUGAUGUGACUCUUUUGAUGUGACUUUCUAGUGAUGGAGUGAGUGGUCAAGUUGCAGAUGUGCCAUGGAAAGGAGCCAGACCCAGUGUUUGCUGUGGCUCAGCCGGGUCAGAGAACUUAUUUGUUCUGGUUGGCCUUGAACUUAUCAUUCUGGAUACUGCUCUUCUUUUGACUUUGUGGAUGUGUGCUUUAGUCUCUAUUACUGACAAGGCUUCCUCCCAACCCAACCCUCUCCUGUGCUGAUCCCCUCUCAAGCCUGGGAGCAGGAAGGCACAUGGACCCUGUAGCCACCUGCUGGGUAUCCUUACCUACCUCGCCCUUUUUGCUGUUGUGCCACAGACUGCGACUUUUAUGAGUACAUACAAGUGGGUUGUUAUGAAGGAGUGCUGUACCCCACCUCUGUUAUGAGAGCUGUAUAUGACCCCAGCUUUGAGCAUGGUCUCAGCUCCUUUUAGUUCUGUGUCCAUUAGUUACCAUCCAAGUGUGAAAUAAAAACCUGCCAGUCAUGUGUGA